AUGAGAAAAGAAGACAUCGCCAAACAGUAUGAAAUCCACAAGUUGGAGAUUGACUGGAAGGAUGACACCUGGAUCGCUUUCUUGACCUCUUGCUGCACCGUGUCCACCAUCCUGUCUGUCAUCGUCUUUUCAUUCAUUUCAUUCCGCGAUCCAGUUGCCGACGCACGUGUUGACUGCAUUCUGAUAUGGGAAACCAACGCCACCAACUACAACUACACCAAGUCUUUCUUCCCUGAGAUCAGCCACUAUCAAGGCACCAACAGAUUCUAUCUGUUCCUGAAGCAAAUCUGGCAGCUUGGGCAAGAGACGCGUCUGAGGUGUAAAAUAGGAUGGGCACUACUAGGGUUUGACGCUCUACUGGGCACCAUUAUCUUUAUGUCGAUGCUGUUCAGGACGCGAGCUGUCCUUGAGAAUAGGAGUGAUGUGGACUCCAUCUCAGGAGACCUCACCAAGUCGCUCACGGAGCUCAAGAUGAAGCACAAGAGGGUUCGAUACAGUUGUACUCUAUGCCCGCUGAGGGCCCAAGGAUGUAAGAGUGUUGCAGGGCUGGACCUCUUCCUUGACUUGGCUGUGCUAGUCAUGUGGGCGCAUGGGGGUCAUCGCUGGUGGUUUGUGCUGUCCCUCUUCUUUCAGAUCCUCUCUUGGCGAUUCUAUGUCGUAGCCUACUGGUGGUGGGCCUCGAAGGUGUCUGCUCCGCUCUCAGUUGGAAGAGGAAUGCUCCUGUGGCUCCCGGUCAUCGGUCCUUCAGUCGCCGCCUUCACUGCAGGGUUCGGAGCGCUUGAUAUUGACAAGUUCGGGUUCUGCCAUGGCGCAUCGUUAGCAGACAUGAUGAGCAUUGACGAGCAUGAGAGACUUGAAUUUCUCGACGACGUGGCACACAGGUCUUUGACUGCGGUGAAGAUCGUGAUCCAAGAGCUGACAAUUUGGAAUUUGUCACCAGAACUUUCAAGACUUUGCGAAAUUCAUGCGAGAAGGAAUAUCUGUGAACUCCCUAGCUGUCACGAAACGGGCGAAGCUCUGUGCAUGGCUGUAUUCACAGGCAACCUGGUCGCUGCUCGUGCCGCAUUGGCUUUGGGCGCGUCUCCUGACUAUGCGUCAAGUCGAGGAGCCUGGGCGAACAAUCGGGUUGACAUCGUGCAAGUCGAUGGGAAGAGGAAGGGAACGACCGUGCAGGUCAGGAAACGCCGAGCUUUCUUCGCGCUCGAGAUCGCGAUGAGGAAGAAGGACCUGGCCAUGGCUGGAUUGCUGCUGCAGAAUGGCGCCAAAGUUCCUAAGGAGGUGCUGAUGCAGUUCCGAGGGGACAGAGUCGUCAUGGAGUUCUUCGAGGCCAUGCAGAAAGGCACGACGACGAACCAGGGGGCUGACAAUGUCGAGGAAGGAAAUGUAGAGCCCCUGCACGACAGAGUUGAGCUAGCGCAGCAGGAGCAGGACACGCAGAUCGCGACCCAUCCAGCUCCGCCUCCUCCCCAAUUCAGCGGGGACGAGAAGACUAACAACCGGGAGAUGGGGGGCCUGCUGGGAUUCUUGCAGCAGCGGCAGCGGCAGAGGGAGCAGAUGCAGAUGCUGGGGGUGAGGAGAGUGAGACAGAACUCCGUGACCUGGACGCGAGACAAGCUUGCACGGGGAGCCAAAGCUGUCUUCGACUUCAGCAGAAGACACUCCUUGCGUACUGCUUCUUCAGGACGACAUCAGAACCGCACGAGUCCAGAUGAGAUGUCGGAGAUCAUGGAGACAGGCGACGAGGAAGGGCAGAGACAGCAGAGAGAUCGACCACAGGAAAAAGGCAAGAACAAAGCGCCGCUCAGACUCACUGGAGGAGGCACGCAGGAACGAUAUCUUCCUCAAGCGUGGGUAUCAGAGUUUGACUCAUGA